GAGCUUGAAUUUGACUUAUGUUAAGUUAGGCGAGUGUGAUCAAGGCCAAGACUGUGUCGCUUGCCAGCUAUGUUUUUUUCAAAAAAUUCAACCAUGUUUAUCUAUCUUUUUUUAUUAGUAUUUGGAAACUGUGUGGAUGGAAAAAAAAUGUUUCUAGGUGGGCCACGUCAUUGGUCAAGUAAGUUAAGACUGGCAGAUGUUAAACAAUCACUCCCAGCUGAACAGUGGGUAGUUCAAAAACUGGACCAUUUCAAUCCAGCAAAUACAGAGACUUGGAAACAACGAUACUUUAUUAACGACACUUUUUACAGACCUGGAGGGCCAGUGUUUCUUCAAAUUGGUGGCGAAGGAAAGGCAAAUCCAAUAUGGAUGAUAGAAGGCCAAUGGAUUAAGUAUGCAAGUAAGUUUAGAGCUUUAGCUGUUAUGGUGGAACAUCGAUUCUAUGGUAAAAGUCAUCCUACAACAGAUAUGUCUGUUAAAAAUUUGGUUUAUCUUAGCAGUGAACAGGCUCUUGCAGACCUUGCAUAUUUUCGAAAUUUUUUAAGCAAUAAAUUAGGUCUUCAAAAGAGUAAGUGGAUUGCAUUUGGAGGUUCCUAUCCUGGAUCUUUGGCUGCAUGGUUUCGACUUAAAUAUCCUCAUUUAGUAGAUGGAGCAGUUGCUUCAAGCGCCCCAUUUUUGGCCAAAAUUGAUUUUAAAGAAUAUUUAGGAGUAGUUCGUGAAUCGUUAGCAACCUCUGGCAAAGCAUGUAACACAGAAAUAAAAAAAGCAGUAGAUUUAGUUGAGAAACUACUACAACACCAAGUUGGAUGGCAGAUGAUAGAGAAAACGUUCAAAUUGUGUGACCAAUUUAAUGCUACAAUAGAGAAGGACGUGUCAAAUUUUUUCAGUUCUCUUGUAGAACAGUUUGAAGAUGUUGUUCAAUAUAACAAAGAUAACAGAGACUUUGAAGGAUCAAAAGCAACCAACAUCACUAUUGACACCCUUUGUAGUAUAAUGAAUAACACUAGCAAAGGUUCGCCAUUGCAACGCCUAGGAAAGGUCAACUCGUUAAUUCUUGAAACUUAUGGAGAAAAAUGCCUUGACCAUAGAUAUGAAAACACAAUUAGAGAAAUGAGAAACUUGUCAUGGAAUAGCAGUGCUGCUGAAGGUGGUCGUCAGUGGACUUAUCAGACAUGUGUGGAGUUUGGGUACUUUCAAACUUCUAACUUGAAAGACCAACCUUUUGGUCACCAUUUUCCCACAGAGUUUUUCACACAAAUGUGCAGUGAUAUAUUUGGGCCAAAAUAUUCAAAGGAUUUGGUGUUGGAAGGUAUCGAUCGUACUAAUACAAUGUAUGGUGGAAAAGAUCUCAAAGUGACAAAUGUUGUGUUUCCCAAUGGAUCCAUUGAUCCCUGGCAUGCACUAGGCAUCAUUAAGGAUUUAUCUCCUAGUGCUGUAGCUAUCUUUAUAAAUGGUUCUGCUCACUGUGCUGAUAUGUAUCCAGACUCUCCAAAUGACCCACCUCAACUGCAAGAAGCAAGAUUGAAUAUUGAGAAUCAUAUUGCUAAGUGGCUGCAACAUGCUGCAUAGAAUAAGAGAAAUUUAACUAAAUUUAAAUUUGUAUUCUUAAUUGAGUUAUUCAUGAAUUGAUUUUCUUUAUUUUCAUAAGUAAUUCCAUUAUAUUUUAAAACAUUACUCUUUUA